AAGCUGGUAGCCCAAUGACGGCAUUCUUCCGAUUGAUUCUACAGUGUUUUCCCUUUUAUCAUCAAUUAUAAUUAUUAAUUUGGCGCGAGAUGUCGAUUGGGUGGAAUUUCCACCCCCCUUCUCAUUCACCUACUCUCUGGAAUUUCAAUUUCUCCUUUCAACACUGCUUCAAUCCCUCGCUCGCUGUUGCUGCAAGUCUUUUGAUUUUCUGAAGCUGUGGUAAUGGGAGGGUUGUGUUCAAAGCCGGCUGAGCGGCGCAAAGGUUAUACGUCUCUGUAUGCAAAUGGGGAUGCUGAUUAUUCUAAGUCUAAUCAACCACUGGUAAAAGAGACCGUAGCUAAACGAAUGGAAGAAACACCGCCAGAGAAAAACCGGAAGUCUGGUGCCUCUGCUACGGACGAUUUCUAUGACGGGAUUCCAAGGUUUACGAGGGGUAUGUCGCAGAAAUCUCGAUCGGUUAGGUCUACGCAGGCAGCAGUGGCCAAGGUCUCAGAAGUGAGUUCACGUUUGGGUAGAGCUGGUACUGUAGGAUUGGGAAAAGCAGUUGAUGUCUUGGAUACUUUAGGGAGUAGUAUGACAAAUUUAAAUGUUGGUAGCGGUUUUGCUUCUGCGGUAACAACUAAAGGCAACGAACUAUCAAUAUUAUCAUUUGAGGUGGCAAACACAAUUGUAAAAGGUUCCAGUCUCAUGCAAUCCCUUUCAAAAAGAAGCAUCAGACAUUUAAAAGAAGUGGUGCUUCCUUCAGAUGGUGUGCAAAAUCUAAUAUCAAAUGACAUUGAUGAACUUUUAAGGAUUGUUGCUGCUGACAAGAGGGAAGAAUUGAAAAUCUUUUCAGGAGAAGUUGUUCGCUUUGGAAAUCGUUCAAAAGAUCCUCAAUGGCACAAUUUGGAUCGUUAUUUUGAAAAAAUUGGUAGAGAACUUAACCCUCAGAAAGAUUUGAAGGAAGAAGCAGAAUUAGUGAUAGAGCAAUUGAUGGUUUCAGUGCAGUAUACAGCAGAACUGUACCAGGAAUUACUGAUUUUGGAUAGAUUUGAGCAAGAUUAUCAGCGCAAGCGCCACGAGGAGGAUAAUUCAGCUGCCAAUCAAAAAGGUGACAACAGCCUUGCCAUCUUGAGGGCAGAACUGAAGAGCCAAAAAAAGCAAGUAAAAAAUAUAAAGAAAAAGUCACUUUGGUCCAGAAGUUUGGAAGAGGUCAUGGAGAAUCUUGUUGACAUUGUUCAUUAUUUAAUCCUAGAAAUACACAAUGCCUUUGGAAGUACUGACCAUCAAAUACCAGAUGAAGGCUGCGUGAGCAAUCAUCAAAGAUUGGGACCUGCUGGGCUUGCUUUGCAUUAUGCAAAUAUUGUUAUGCAAAUUGAUACUCUUGUAGUCCGAUCCGGUUCCAUGCCUCCAAAUACCAGGGAUGCAUUGUAUCAGAACUUGCCCCCUAGUAUAAAAGCAUCUCUGCGCUCAAAAGUGCAAUCUUUUCAUGUCAAAGAAGAGCUCACUGUUACAGAAAUCAAAGCUGAGAUGGAGAAGACUUUGCAGUGGCUUGUUCCAAUUGCCACUAACACAGCCAAAGCCCAUCAUGGUUUUGGCUGGGUUGGAGAGUGGGCAAAUACAGGUUCUGAAGCAAACCGGAAGCCUGCAGCUAGCACAUCUGAAGUGAUUCGGAUUGAAACACUCCAUCAUGCUGAUAAAGAGAAAACAGAGGCCUAUAUUCUUGAACAAUUGUUGUGGCUCCAGCAUUUGUUCAACCGAUCCAAGUCUGCUGUCCUUGUUGGUGGCAUAUUGAGGUCCUCGACCAAAUCUCCAAUUUCUACAGCUGUCCAAAAGGCAAAUCAUCUGUCAAAACAUGAGCCUUCCAAUGCCUCCUUACUAACAACGGAAGAACAGAAGCUGUUGGAGGAUUUAAGUAAGAAAAGACAAACUCAGCGAAUUAGUAAGAGUGAGGAUUUUGACUCUGAGGAGACCAGGUUGAGAAAACAUGAUAGGCUCAGCAAAAGUUGCAGUCAUACCACCACCAAAGAAAACAAAGCAAAGGUAUCUGUUAAAAGGCUUCCUUCCGGGGUUUCCAUCAUUGGUUUCGGUAUAUACAAAGAGAAAGCACUGGAUGUAAUUGACAGAGUUGAAACCGUCAGAUAAUUCAAAGAAUAGUACACAUCAUCUUCAGCUGGCUAGACUGAUGGUGAUACGCAUUCGCAUGCACUACAGUCCUAGGUCUUCUGAAAGACUGAAAUACGUAUACUGUAUGAAAUGUAAAUAACAUAAUAGAAGUAUUGCUAUUGCUAGUAUUUCUAUCCUGCAGGCUUUCAUGAGAUACAUGCACUGAGGAUCUGAGAGACGAGAAAGCAGUAUGAGGCAUGGUGUCUGUUUGCUGGUUCUUGCAACUGGCUAGGAACAAGGCAGCUAAGAGAUUAACUGCUCUGUCUAGCUAGAGUGGGAUUAAUUUAUUUUUUUGUGUGAAACUUGCAGAGGUAUAAUUAUUGUAUGUGUUUUUUUCUUCUAGAUUUUCCUUCCUUUCAACCAUGCUUCUUGGCCUCGUUUCUUCAGGAUAUACAUUUUUUUGGGAAAAUAUUUUAUUGAGUGUCAUAAUAAGAAAGUUUUGUUCAG